AUGGAUUCUUACAAUACACCAGCAUCAGCUAUCAGAAAAAACGCAUCCUCAAAGCUCAAAGACUGCUCAUUCGAGAAUACCUAUUUGCAGAAACGCUUAAACUCGGUCAGGAAGCAGAACCACUUUCUCACCACUCCACAGCUCAGGAGGCUCCCCCAGUGCUCACAGCUGCAGGAAAAUCUUGAUCCUCAGAAGGUUGCAUUUCUUCUUCAGAAGCAAUGGACUUUAUACAGCUUGACUCCCUUACAUAAAUUCUCCUAUAGCAGCCUGAAGGAGUAUUCUAGACUUCUGGGUGCAUUUAUUGCUGCGGAAAAGCAAAAAGGGAUUGCAGUGGAAGUUGGGGAAGACUUCAACUUCAAAGUGAUUUUCUCUGUUCUCCUGGGCAUGAAGGGCACCCCCAGGGACCCAGAAGCACUUCUCAUCCAGAUUCUGUCCAAAUCGCAGCUUCCAGCCAAGGGCCAAGAAGAGAAAGUGCUGUGGAGUGGUUGGUUCUGCUGUGCAUUUGGAGACAGCCUUCUGGAGACCGUUCCAGAAGAUUUUACAAAAUCAUCAUUAAAGAGGCAGUUUAGUGAACAGGAGAAGUAA